AGACAACAUGCUGGAGGCGUGAGAAUCGGGAAAUGCAACAAGCUAUCUCUAUCUUGUGCAACCCGGCGUGCCUGUACAUACAUGUCUGUGUGUGAUAGUGCGCUUUGAUUGCAUAGAGAAGCUAUAGGCCUCCAGUCAGGCAGAAGGGCCUGACUCCGAGGCUUUAGAUGAGCCAACAGCGAGCAGGAAAUCAGGAAAUCAACAGAGCACGGGGACAAUGACAUGGAGAUUAGAGAUCAGUUAACCCCCUCCUCUGAGUGGCUGACCUGUUUGCUCAAUGACUAUGACUUCCUUUUAGACACAAGCACACAUUCUAUCAAACACAUACACAUGGCUGAAAACUCAACCUCUCUCAGAAACAGCUCUUAAAAUGAGUUGUGCGCCGUACUUUCUCCUGCAUUUCUGUCUUUUUCAAUAUCGCAGGAAUUAAAAUCAGCAGCUCCUGUUUUGCACUCUCCCGCAGGUAAUGGGUGCAACCAACCAACCAACCAACCAACCAACCAACCAGCAGGAUUUAUUCUAACACUUACGACUAAAAGGCCAACUCACAUCGCAACCAGGAUGAUAUCAUCUGACGGCUGGCAACCGUUCUAAAGUGCAAAUAUAAGCUCAGGGAAAAAAAACUGAAGGGAAGCCUCCACCUGGAUGCCUGAACGCUCUUGGACUCUGACCUCACCCGGCUUAUCUCUUAGGCAAAGAAGACAUUUACCGGCAACACACCUGGAGAGCUCGGCAAUUCAAAAAAGAGGGAGUUUACACUGGGAAGGAUUAGCAAAAAAAAAGACAAGGAUCAAAUGUCCAAGGACUGAAAACACCUAAGCAGCAGUAGAGAAAAAGGUAAGAGACACUCUCUUGGAGGUUAAAUGCUACCAUGUAAUGUAAAAGUUGACUUGACACCAAGGAAAAGUCCUUCACUCUGUCUCUUUGUCUCAAGCUGCGUAAUGAGGUCUUCUCUGUAACCGUUGAACAAGUCCCAUCAUGUCGAGGAAGAGCUUGUCAGGGUGUGCAGGUAGACGCUGCCUAGUUUCCUGACAGAGACGUGUUAGCAUGUGUUGGAUUCAAACAUCCUGCGUCUGCUCUGCAAGACAGAUGGAAUUCUGCUUAUAAGCUUCACCACUUCCUAAAGGAUUCAUUGUUGAACAAAGGAGGAAAUACAAAAGGAUACAAAGACUGAGGAUAUAUAAAAAAAGAGAAUAAAUAAAAACAUUUAGGUCCAUCUCAACCAGAUCUGCCAAGAUGCCACUAAGAACAUCGUUGUACAGAAAGCCAUCCUCUGCUCGUUGGCCCAGCAGGCACACCAAGCGCAGGGAGGUGCUGUCUGUCAACAUGAUCAGCCUACCGCUGGCUGAUUUCCGUCACAUCACACAUAUCGGCAACGAUGCCCACACAGACAGCUUCGGAGACCUGUCCUUCUUAAAGAUGGGCCACGGUCUGCUUCUACAGAGCUCCCAGAGCGAGCAGAAUCUCUUCCUGGCCUGCUCUCCGCCGCCAAAGCCACCGCGCCUGAACCUGGAUGAGGCAGAGGGCUCGGAGAGCCCCGACUGGUAUGCGGGCCGCCAGCACAACGCGUCCCAGAGGAGAAAGAAAUGCAGCUCUAUGCCGCUGCUGGACAGCGAGGACGGGGAAGCAGAGAUGGAAAAGGAGGACGGGUGUCAAAGAGUGAAUAAUGCUGCUCCCAAUAUGGCUCGCAGCCUCGGACGGGGCAGCCUGAACUCAGACAGGGACGAAGACUCCACAGAGACCUGUAACAAAGCUGUUGGACAGCAUAAGGAGGAGGACAGUGCAUUUUCAUUCAGCCUUGACCUGGGCCCUUCAAUCCUGGAUGAUGUUCUCCAGGUGAUGGACAAACGUGACAAUAAGACAACCUAGUAGCCAGGCGUUACAGGAAGGCUUUACUAAAAGUUUGGAAUAUGGAGAAGAGAUCCAACUGGACACCCUUGUUGGGAACACACUCCUGAUUUUAUGGACAAACCAAUAUCCUAAUGCGAUGGGUAUUGUUGAAAUAAAUCUGGGGAUAUCUGAUUUUAUGAUCCCUGGGUACCAAGUAUAGACAAACAGCCUUUGGGGAGAACUUGCCUCACCUAUGUUUUAGUCUGCCUUUUUGUUUUAUUAUUUCAGUAAAACAUUUUUUGAAUGGGAUAUCACAGCAGCUGUCUAGGAUAAGGAGCUUUUAUAAGCACCCGCUAUUGUGUCUAUAAAACAUUGUGGUCCACAGCAUUUGUUAAAAAUUAAACAUAAUCUUGUUUGAAAGGUUGAGCUAAAAAAAGACACAAAGUUAAUGUUCUCCUUAUAUCCGCCCCCUUGCAGAGGUGGAUACAAUGUGUAAGUUAAUGAUUGAACUGUCGGAUGUCAAACUCCAAGCUGGACAUUUUCACCUUCUUUUACUUCCCUCCUUUGCCAUUGCAAUCCCCCAAACCACGCAGCACAGCACAGCACUGAAGACGGCUGUUAAGACUUAAGAGUGUUGUGUUUAAGAAAAGAAAAGCUGCGGCUGGAAUCCAAGGUCCUCGAGCUGUGAUGUCUUGGCUCUUGGCGUGCUUGCCAAUCUAUUGUGUGUGGAGGGCAAUUUCUCCUCCGCACGCAUCCCAGAGGCCCCACUCGAAAAGGUAGACCAAGGUACCCCCCAUCUCUCAUUCCCAACAAUGCAGUGAAAACAAACACUUAGCUCUGCUUCCAAUAAAAAGCCAGCCAGUGGUGGCAGGUUGGGCUGCAGACCAAGCCAGGCCACAGGUCCAAGACCUCAGACACAAAAAAAAAAGCAGGCUGUUUUCUUAGCUGCAAAUCAGAGUGCGAUGCUCUGGUGAGUGGCGCACGAGAAGGAAAGUGGUAAAGGGUAACGUGAUACUUCCACAUAUACAGGGGGUGUCGAGGGAGGAGGACCAGAGACAUCCAUUACUGCGGCAAAAGUCCUGAUGAGGGUUUAAACACUACCUUCUGACCAAACAGACCCCCGACACGUGAAAAAAGCACGCUUGUAUCUCGCACACACUGGCACACAAGUAAAGUAGAUGUAAGCACGCGUGGUCAAACUGAGAUUUGUGCAGACAAUCUAGGUCCAGUUUGCUCAGGUCUGGAGAGGAGAGAGUCAGGACAGAGUCUCAGUCUGGGCGUUAGUGGGGGGUUGCCAGGAAAGGCUGUGGGGCAAACCCAGAACCGGUCGCAUUCCUAAGUUCCCCACGGGUCACGCUGCAAAAUACAAGAACCACAAGUGUCCCACUUCUAGCAAUAGAUUUAGAAUUCUAUGUAUGUCCUAACAGAAACAGCAAUGUUUGUGGAUACGUCUCCACUGUAUAUCUGUUUUGCCAUCUCCCAUUAUAUACCAGAUAUCUCUGACCAUUUUUCUCGUAUAUGUUAUGACAACGCAUUGUGAAACUUUUUUUUUUUACAUUGAAAAAUGUAAUGUUUUGCAUUUUGGGGAAGUAAAGAAAAAUAUCUUUGACAUUCCAAGAUUGGUGGUUUUGUGGACAGAACUGCUCGUGUCAACAUUUUAACACAGCUCGUAUGAGUUUACACACCACUGAUGGGCGGACAUUUAUUUGGCUUUUCAACCGUCAGGAGCCACUGUGGAGGCAAUUAACUUUGCUUAACAGCUUCUAGAGAAAUCAUAGCCUUGGAUUAUCCACCGCAACGUGCAGCGCAACAUUAUUUCAAGGUGGAGAGACGCACAGGUCUAAAUUAGACAGACACGUCAAGCAGGAUUUUCAUGUAAAGCCACAAAUACUGCAUUACAGUAAACUGGACUUUGAAGCAAGUGCCGGGUUGUUAGGCAUGUCCCGCUCGGAGGCACACCUGUGUCAUAAAGAGGUGAUGUUCAAUAGCUAACCAGGGUGUGUCUGCGAUUUGUCAGACUUUUCUAUACAGGCUACCUAUUCCAGAUAAGCAGGAGAAAGAGCUAUUGAGUCACACAGACUUUACACAGGACCGUCUGUUACAAUGCCCCUUAACGAUCAAAGCCUCAUUUAUUCGCAAGAGAAAAAAUAAUUGUGUAGUAUCAGACACUGUGGAAACAAAUUAUUGCGCUACUAAGUAAGGGUAAAAAACUUGAACCUAAAAAAAAAAACAAUAUUAAAAAAACAAUACCCACAAAUUUUGAAUUUCCUUCAGCCACUCUUGAUAAAAAAAACAUGGACAGAUUUUAUGAAAAUCCAUCCUUAUUCAUUAUAACUUUCAAACAUUUGAUUAUUCUAGCUACACAGAUUACACAAGAGCUCUUCACAGUGUGAAGAAUCACAUAAACUUAAGUUCAACAAGUGUUCAGCCACAUGACUGAUGUGAGAAGAAAGAGCCUGUAAUCGAAGACAAAUUAUCUUGUCUGCGCAGCACAAACUGGCCGAGCUGCGAAGUAUCCCAUUCCCAUCUGGUACCACUUCUCUCCCUCCCGAAGAUCUCAACUCGCUGUCAUACAGAAUACCAUGAAACCCUGUCAUCUCACUGAAGAGUAGCUCUUACGGGUUAUUUAUUUUGUCAGGUACUAACUAAAAAACUAAAAAUAUUGUUUUGGCAAAUAAGAGAUGUGUCCGUCUACUGCAAUUGUGUCUCCCAGUUUGACCUGAUGCUACUGAAAUAUGCCGCAUGGGUUCACACACACAGUGGGGGAUUUUGUGAAACCGAUAUUGUUUAUGCUGUCUGUAUCAUGUCAGAACGUAUUACUAAGCUAUAUACGGCGAGGGCCGAGCCAAUCCGCAACAGCUAUCCCCUCUCGUGAUACGCAUGAUGAACUGGGCGUGACACGAUAAUUCUGAAAUUCUGACCACACCAUAAUCCCACCAGGCAAUACGUUCCGUGUCUAAUGAGAAAAUGCAAAAACACAUCUAUAUAUUUCAAGUUACCCUAAACAAGCAUAUCUUGAACUAUAAACCGUGUGGUCUUUUGUUUCUUGAGGGUCCCGUUAUACAUAGAUGAUAUAUCACCAACAACUCCAACCUCGUAUAUGAUGAGGUUCACUGCCUGACUUUCACCCCCUUCUGCUCCCUGCGGUCUUCAGCAGCAGCUCUAACUGGCACCAUCACCCGUCAACCUCAGCACAAUGGGUGCCAGGGCCUUCUCCUGUGCUGCACCCAAACGUUGGAACUCACUUCCCCUCUCACAUCGGCAUACUGGACUCCAUUACAGAAUUCAAAACUCAUCUUUUUAAAUUAGCUUACUCACUUUAAUUGCAAUAACUGCGAUUGAACUCAUUGUUGAGCUCUGCUCUGUUGCUUAUACUGUAUGUUCUAUUGUUGAUUUCAUUGAUGUUUUAUUACUGGUGCUUUGUUGCUUAUUGUAUGUUUUAUUACUGAACUUAUGUGAUGUAAGGUGACCUUGAGUGCCAUGGAAAUGUUUUUAUAUAAUUAAAUAAAAUCUAUUAUUAUUAUUA